GACUUUACUUCAGCUCACUCUUCCUGUAACAGAAACUGUAGACACAACCCCCAGAUUGAGAGGAUACAAACCUGUCUCCUCUUGUUUUCUUAACAGGAUCUAAGGAGCGGUAAGGAGCAGACAGAGAAGCAGGAAGAUGCUCCGACGAAGGCCUUCAAAUGCUUCUGAGAAAGAGCAAGUGCAGAAGAAGAAGCUGACUCUGCAGAGAUCGAGCAGCUUCAAGGACUUCAUGAAACCCAAAAUAGCAUCUCCUGUGAUGACAGACAAGGAGGUGACGCUGGAAGAAAAUGCUGCAGAAACAGCAGCAGCAGAGGAAGUGGUGAAAGGUGGCAUCAAACUGAGCAAGAAGUGGAGAAACGUCAUCUCCAGAACAAUGACCCGCAAAACAUCCAAGAUGGUGCAGAAGGCUCUGGCUGAAGAGGGGUUGGACGACGCCGAGGACAUGUCACCUGUCUCUCCAGAUUUUCUUCCAGACCUGAGUUUAGGACAAAGAAACUCAGUCUGUUCCACGGGGUCCGAGGAAACUGUCUCCAGUCCUAUCUACAGGCAGUUGUCAGGAAGCAGUGAUAGACAGAGUCUGGACAGUGGUUUCAGUCAGCGGGACAGUAUGAGACUUGAGGACAACAGUCUGUCCUACACCGGGCCCUUCUGUGGACGAGCUCUGGUCCACACUGACUUCACCCCCAGUCCCUAUGACAUGGACUCGCUGAAGCUGCAGAAGGGAGACGUCAUCUACAUCAUUGAAAAGCCUCCCGUGGGGACGUGGACAGGAAAACUUAACAAUAAAGUGGGUUCCUUCAAGUUCAUCUACGUCAACCUCCUCCCAGAUGAAAGUCCUCCAACCAGGAGGAAGCGUUGCAGCAGGAAGUCCAAACCCAAGACCCUGGAAGAGGUUCUGGACAGCAUUGGACUGAUGGAGCUGAGCUCUCUUCUGUCCAUGCAUGGGUUCCAGAGUCUGGAGGACUUCACGGGACUAAAAGAGUCUCACCUGAACGAGCUGAACAUCACUGAUUCAGAGCAGCGCACCAAGAUCCUGAGUGCCACAGAACUGUUCCAAGACUCUGAAGAAGAGUCAGAUGAUCCCCACGAGGACCAGGAGCAGGUAAGAUCCGGAGAACCGGCCAAAGAACCGAGAGAUUCGGGUUGUUUCGAGAGCGGUGAGAACGUGGAUAAUGGAUGCGUGGAGAAGAGGGCGGAGGAGGCUGAUGAAGCCUCCGAGGAGCAGACUGAGAAAAAACAAGAACAAAAGGACCGUGAGGAUGAGACAGGAGGGGAGAAGAAGGAGGACGAGACCACAGAUCGGCUGCAGGUUGUCGAGGAACAUCUGCGGGAGCUGAGUUUGGAAGAUGGAGGACAUUGAAGAGAUGAAAGAAGAAGCGGAAUCAUGUUCUACGUUGGACUCUUGAUGGAAAUUGGAUUCUCUUGUGAACACAGACUAGAGUGAUGAUGACACCAGAUGAUUGUCUUUUUAUGUAUAAAUAUUUGGAUCACUUGACUGACUUGACUGUUCCCUGCAUGGUUGCCAGAGCGGAUCAUCUGCCUCCAUCUCACCCUAUCCACUGCUUUGACACCAACGAUCUCUAUGUCCUCUUUAAUAAUAAUCUAAUCGGGGGUCUUCCUACUUCUCCUCCUGCCUGGCAACAUGGCUAGAUCUUUGUCAUUUCUGAAAUUUUCUCUUAAAUAUUUUUAUUCCUCUACGUCCUUUCCAAGCUUUCUUGUUUUAGUGCAAGGGAGAAAUGUUGGUGCAUUCCAGUUGUUAACUUGUGCUUAGCUUUGUUCCAGCAGGUGGCACUCUUACCAGGUACCUGGCAUUUACUGUACAAUGAAGUGGACUAAUACAUUUUAAUUGGCGGUUAUUCCAGGAUUUUAUCCCUGAGCCAAUAUUUUUAUUUUAUUUUAUUUGUGUUUGUGUAUUUUCUCUCCUUCCAGGAUCAAUGGUUUUCCAGUCUUUUAUCGUGUAUUUAUAAAUAUAAAAGUGAAUCCUAAAGGUGUUUCUCAUCUCUUUGUUAUAAAAUAUCCUUAAUGUCUUUCCCACUCACUUUAGUCGUGUUCUUGUACUUUUUGUACUGUGUUUUUCUCAUGUUUUUAUGUAGUCUUUAUGAUUCGAUGUGUUUCAUUUGAAAUAUUAUUUGGUUUCUCUGACCCUGUAAAAAUGCUGUAAGUAGAAUUUAAUUAAAACAAAAUGACAAUGU